UGGUGCGGAUGUCCUUCCACUGUGCGACAUCAGAAAACAUGGCUGCGCUCUUGAGAUCAGCCCGGUUACUUAAGUGUUCGCCUUUGGGCUUACUUCAGAUCUCAGGCACCAAAAGAACCGGGCCGCCCCUCCGCCUGUUGUUCAGCGGACCUCUCGGCGCCAGAGGGACCGGAGUUUGUUCCCGACACAUCAGCCCUGUUUCGGGAAACGCGUCCAGUCGCGUGUGGCCCUAUACAGCGGGGUGUGUGCGUAACUAUGCCGUGGCCACAGAGCAGAUGGAUGAGCCCGGCAUUCCGAUGCGGUCCAAUCAGGCGCAGCAGUUCGACUUGGCUCUGGCCAAGCUGGACAGCUCAGUGAGGAGAACCGGUCGCAUCACCGAGACCCAGCUGACCCGCAUCUUCCAAGAUAUCUGCAAGAAAGGUUAUUCCAGUGGUAACCAGGCCUUGUUGCUGCUGCGGAGCUGUGGCUCUCUGCUGUCGGAGGUUCCUCUGGAGCAGCGCACUGAGCUGGCUCACCGAGUGUGGGAGAAGCUGCAGAAGCUGGGUGCAGUGUAUGAUGUGAGUCACUACAACGCCUUGCUGAAAGUUUACCUGCAGAAUGAGUUCAAGUUCACCCCCACUGACUUCCUGGCCAAGAUAGAGGCAGCUAACGUCCAGCCCAACAGAGUUACCUACCAGAGACUCAUUGCAGCAUACUGCCAAAAUGGAGAUAUCGAGGGAGCAAGCACCAUACUGGGUUUCAUGAAGAGCAAAGAUUUACCCAUCACUGAGUCCGUUUUCAACUCCCUGGUGACAGGCCAUGCCCAAGCAGGGGACAUCGAGAGUGCUAAGAACAUCCUGACUGUGAUGAAGGGAGCAGGAAUUGACCCCGGUUCUGAUACUUAUGUAGCGCUGCUUAAGGCCUACGCUGAGAAGGGAGACCUGGACAAUUUGAAAAAGACGAUGGAGGCAGCAGAGAGUGCAGAGUGCAGUCUGAUGGACAGAGACCUCAUGCCGGUCAUCUUCACUCUGGCCAAGGCCGGACACCUGGAGCACAUACCACACAUGGUGGAGCGCUUGAGGCAUGAGAGAGGAUACGUUCCAGAUGCCAUGAACUUGUGCCUGAGUCUCAUCACACAGGGCCUAGAGGACACAGCUUUUUACAUCCUGAACAAUUUCCCCAACCUGCAAUCUGACGACUUCAACAACGAAGCCAACCUGGGCAACUUCUUCCUCAGGCACUGUGUUAACAUAGACGUGUCACUGGAGAAGAUUUGCAGCUUUUGCAAAGAGCUGCAGGAGUCUAACCGGCACGCUGCGUCCAUCAGCUUCACUCUGUCCGUCGCUCUGCAGACCCAAAAAACAGCUCUCGCUUUAGCACUGAUGAAGAUGCUGAAGGAGCUGGACUUACCCAUAAGGCCUCACUACUUUCGGCCUCUCCUUAUUCAGCAUCUGAAAGGCAACAACCCAGCUGGAGUGAUUGAGGUGUUGAAAGGCAUGCAGGAUCUUGAGAUCAAACCUGAUAACGAGACUUUAUCCCUCUACGUCUUGCCCAUCUUCGCCAACAUAGAAGAAGCUCGACAUAUCCUCAAGGAUGCAGGCAUCACUUUGGCACCAGAGGGCUUCUUUGCUUCAAAGAUCCGCUCACUGGCUGUUUCCAACCUGGCCGAACUACACACCUUGCUGUCGGAUCCAUCCUGCCUGGCGACAGAUCUCAGUAUUUUCCGUGGCAGCCUCAUCUUGGGCUUCAAAAAGUCCUCUGAUGUGGAGAGCAUGGUGAAGAUUACUGAGCUCUUGUCCAAAGACCAGCGCUUCGCAAAAGAAGGCACAAAGACUUCUGAUACAUCAUCCUUCUUCUUGUACAAUUUUAUCGACAACAUGUCGGAGGGGGAGGUGCAUGCAAAUGAAGACAAGCUGCGGAAAUACUUCAAUCGACUAAAAGAUCAGAAUAUAUCUGUGUCCAUGAACAUCUACAGAGGCAUCAGGAACCUGCUGGAGUCCUACCAAGCCCAAGAGCUCAUCAAGGAUGUGGUUGCUCUGGUGGACCACGAUGGCUUUGGGUCAGAUGCUGUCCGUGGCACUGGGGCUGAGGGCAGGUUGUAUGGUCUUGAGAAGAAGCUCGCCAAAAGGAAAGCAGAGAACCAACCAUUGAGCUACCUUCUCAAACAAGCCAUCCAGAGUCUCGUCGCUGAGGAGAACUUGGUGCGCGCCCUGGAGCUGAAGCAGGAGCACGAGGACGAGAUGGUGAUCCCCGUAUACGCCAGCCUCAUCGGCCUGUGCUGUCGCCACAACAACGUGGUGGAGGCGCUCAACCUGAAGAGGGAAAUGACUCGUAAGGACUCGUCAGUGAAUCUUGAGGCUGCUAAAUACAUCGCACUGGUCCAGUGUCUCGCAAAGAACGACAGAAUGGAGGAGGCAGUGGACCUCCUGAAGGAGAUGAAAGAGAAGGAGGUGGUGUUAAAUGACAAACACAUCACGCUGUUCUUCCACAUGCUCUUUUCUCUGGCGACCAAGGGUGGCGCCCCCGCCAUUCAGCGCCUGCAGGACUCCAUGUUCACCCUCGGACUGGCCAAGCCCAACUCCAACCUCCUCUCACCCCUGGUUACUGCAUACAUUGAGAGCGAGGACCUGGCCGGAGCUCUAGAAGCAGCCAUAGACUGUCAGAAGCGCUACAACCACAUGCCUUCAAUCCACCGCAUCAUCGUGGCUCUGGUGGAGAAAGAAGACCAUGACCUGCUGCAGAAAGCCAUGGACUUUGUGAGUCAGGAGCGAGGGGAGAUGGCGAUGCUGUACGAUCUGUUCUUCGCCUUCCUGCAGACAGGCCGCUACCACGAGGCCCGUAAGAUCAUUGAGACCCCUGGGCUGAGGGCAAGGGCUGCGCGCAUUCAGUGGUAUGCAGAGAAAUGUAUAAAUUCCAACCAGAUUGAGACCUUGGAGCAGAUGGUGGACAUGACGGACAAACUGUUCGAGUGCGACAGAGACGAGAUGUACUUUUACCUCCUCCGACAAUACGAGGCAACAAACGAGUGGAAGAAAGCAGAAGGACUUUGGACGAAGAUGCAGGAGGAGAACGUCAUCCCCAGAGAGAGGACCCUGCUCAAGCUGGCCAAAAUCCUGAAGAAUAACGGCCAGGAGGUGCCCUUCGAUGUGCCCGAGACGUGGUACCAAGAAGAAGCCCCCCCAGCCGAGGUCAAAAGAGCGGCACCCAAGCCCAAAGUGGAAGAAGGCCCACGCUCUCAAGACUCAAGCUCUCCAGGCUCAAGCUCUCAAGACACAAGCUUUCAAAGCCCUAUAAUUGCCCUCUGUAAUAAAAAAAGCCCAAGAAGCCUUAAAGAUCUGUAAGGAAGCCAAUGUGAUAAUGGUUUGGCAUUUGACUCCAUCAGAUA